AUGAAUAAUUCCAGCAACAAAGAGUCAGGCACGUUGUACUUUUCAACCAUCCUAGUCAUUACUCGCAGAAGUUCUGAUGGCUAUCUAUCUCCAAGUUGCUCGCCGAUAACUCAUCCUGCUGGCUGUUUUACCCAAUUCAUGCAUUUUUUUGGUGAAAGGAUAUUUGUUCUGUGGAAAUUAGCUCUAUUAAAGAAACGUAUUAUAUUUUUUUCACCUCCACCAAUUGGUGUAGUCUGUUACAGGGUGUAUUGUACUAUAUCUCUUACUGCACAUCGUAUGUCUGAAAUUGGGCAGUGGUCUGCACAGCCAUUCUUUUAUGUUAAUAUUGCAGAUAUGGAUACUUUAGGAUCAGAAAAAGUCUAUGUAGCCUGUACAACAGAGAAGAUAUUUCAGUCAAAAACUUCAUUAUAUGAUUUAUAUGUGGACAAUCAGAAUUUUGUUAGUGAGAUCCCAAUGAUUCAAAAAUUAAUGGGCACCAGUUUUGCUGACAGAACGAAAUAUGAACAGUUAUGCAAGCUUCAGUCUCAAGUAAGUACCCAGCAAAAUGAUGAUCUUAAUACAGAAAAUGAUGAAACAUGGUUUAUGAGGUAUUUUAUGUCUUUAAAUGAGCAUUUGUUCAGCACAUUACUGAGUGUAUCUCGAACCCAAGAUAAACAGUGGACUAUAGAGCAUAUGCAUUCCAUUGGCCUGGAUCCCGUAAAUGAUCGAACAUUUAUAAUGGAAUUAGCUGAUACUUAUGGUAUUGAUAUUGUACCUGCUGCUGACACUUUGUGUUGCACGCCUUAAUGCUUGAUGGUCAUAUAAAACUUAUAUCUCUUAAAACUAUUAUUCCAAAUGUCUAAUGUUUAUGAGAUACCAUUAGUGUUGUGUUAAAAUACUUACUACUAUUUGUGCAAUAGAUUGUUUCUUUUUAUUAUCAAAAUUACAUUAAUUAGUGAAUAACAAUUGAAUUCUUGCCAUUAGCCUUCUAAAAUAAUAUUCACACACCCACAUAUUUGUUGAAAGCUAUAUGCUUUGCAUCAGAAGUUAAAAAUUUAACUUUUAUGUUUGAGUUUAUUUAUAAAAUUUUUACUUUCGUUAGUGAAUGUACAGAAAUUUAUAUAAAAUUUAUUUUUAUGUGCAGUCUCUUGUUCUUAAAUUAUAUUUUGAAAAUCUGUUGAAAGAUAUAAACUUACUCUCAUGUAUAGUAUAAGGUAAGAGCAUAAUCUCUAUAUUAUAUGCUUUGUGAAUGAAAUUAUAUUUUUUUAAAUUUACUUUGAUAAGUUCAUCUUCAUAAGAACAUUUUAAAUAAUUGAAUGAUUUUCAGCAGAUAUGUAUUUGCAUGUUGAUAAUUCCAAAUUUAUUUCCAAAUCUGCAGUUUAGCAAAGGUACUGAUAGUUUUGAAUGAUUAAUCGUGAAUAUAUAUCUGAUGUAUCUUAUAAAAAGAAAAUAAGGUUUUGCUUUUAUAUCCUGAAUCAUUGAUCAAAUGCAUCGUAUUUUUAAUAUAAAAAUCAUCAUAAUUCUUAACAGGUCAUAAAAGUAAUAGCAUAUGCAGUUAAAAAUUCUGCUGUGAUAGUUAUUGGUUAUAAUUUCAACCUGUUUUAUUGAUUUUGCUAUUGUUGUCUCUAUGGAUCUUUUGUUUUAAAGUGAUGAAGCUUUCUUGUUUUAACUUUAUAUAAUUUUUCUUCUUUAAGUCGUAAUUGUAAAUAUAUUAAUCUUAAUUGUAUAAAAGUAUUUAAAGUAAUUUGGAAAUAUUACAUU